GACCAAGACCUCAUCGGCACGGCUUCCUAUGAUGGCUACAUCAAGCUCUGGCGGAUCUCUACACACGAGAGCGUCCGGGAGAUGUAUGCCGGCAAGGAUCAACUGCUCUAUGGCUUGGCGUUCAGCCCCAACUCGGCCAAAGUCUGUGCUGUGAGUAGCACCGGCCUUCUACUCAUCUGGAAAGUGGACACUGGAGAGAAUGUGGUGAG